AUGGGAAAAACAUCAAAGGACAAACGUGACAUUUACUAUCGUUUAGCUAAAGAAGAAGGUUGGAGGGCACGAAGCGCAUUUAAAUUGAUGCAAAUUGAUGAGGAAUUCAAUUUAUUCGAAGGCGUAACUCGAGCGGUGGAUCUAUGCGCUGCACCAGGCAGUUGGAGUCAGGUGCUUUCGAAACGACUCUAUUUUGGUGAAGAUGAUGAAGCGAAACGUGAAAAUGUGAGAAUAGUCGCCGUUGAUUUACAACCAAUGUCGCCGUUGCCGGGUGUCAUUCAACUGCAAGGCGACAUAACCGAGGUUCCUGGUUUCGUUUCAAUUCAUUGUUUCAAUUAA